AUGAAAAUCAAAGCCCUUUCUCGCCCAGUGGCGUCACAACAGGCCCCUGGGUCUGCUGUUGUUCGCCAAUCCCGUAACCUCGAUCCUGCCCAGCAUCCUUUCGAGCGAGCUAGAGAAUAUACUCGAGCUCUCAAUGCUAUCAAGAUGGAGCGCAUGUUUGCUGCGCCCUUUCUGGGUCAAAUGGGUGACGGCCACGUGGAUGGUGUUUACAGCAUGGCCAAGGAUCCUGGUUCGCUUGAACGCUUUGCCAGUGGCAGUGGCGACGGUGUGGUCAAGGUCUGGGACUUGGCAACUCGAGGAGAGGUCUUUCAAACUCAAGCACACGAAGGUAUUGUGAAGGGAUUGUCUUGGACUCAUGAUCGAAAACUUUUGUCCUGCGCUAGCGACAAAACUAUCAAGUUGUGGGAUCCAUACAACUCGAGCGCCGAUGCUCCUCCUACGGCAAGCUGGCUGGGCACAGGUGCUUUUACUAGCGUUGCGCAUCAUUACACUCAACCUGCGUUUGCCGCUUCUUCUUCCCAGAUUUCCAUCUAUGAUCUUUCCCGUUCCUCCUCGACUCCCACGCAGACUCUGCAGUGGCCAACCAGCGUCGAUACUAUUACUUCUAUUGCUUUCAACCCCUCCGAGACCUCUGUCCUUGGAUCCACUGCUCUUGACCGCUCAGUCAUUCUGUAUGACCUGCGUACUUCGACACCAGUGCACAAGCUGAUUCUCAAAUUGGCCUCGAACAAGUUGUGUUUCAACAUGAUGGAGCCGAUGAACUUCGCCGUGGCCAACGAGGAUCACAAUGCAUACUUGUUUGACAUGAGAAAGACCGACCGGGCCUUGAACGUCCUCAAGGAUCACGUUGCUGCUGUUAUGGAUGUUGAGUUCAGUCCUACCGGUGAGGAACUGGUGACAGCAUCAUAUGAUCGUACAGUGCGUCUAUGGUCAAGAUCCAAGGGUGCCAGUCUCGACAUCUACUUCGGAAAGCGACAGCAACGAGUCUUCUCUUCCAUGUUCACCCCCGAUAACAAAUACGUUUUGUCUGGAUCUGAUGAUGGUAACAUCCGUUUGUGGCGUGCCAAGGCAUCUGACCGAAGUGGAAUCAAGACUGCUCGCCAGCGCAGCAAAUUGGAGUACGAUCAGGCUCUUAUCAAGCGAUACUCGCACAUGCCCGAAAUCCGUCGCAUCAAGAGACAGCGUCAUGUGCCUAAGUCUAUUAAGAAGGCUGGUGAGAUCAAGCGUGAGGAGCUGUCUGCUAUUAAGAGACGUGAAGAGAAUGUACGGAAGCAUACAAGCAAGAAGAAUCUGAAGCCAAGACAGAGUGAACGUGAGAAGAUGAUUCUAACUCGGGAGCAAUAA